GAGAAUACAAAAGCCGAAGUGAAACCAAGAAAAAAGAAUCAAAAUCAGCAGCAGCCAACUUCUCUUUCAUACACACAUCUAUACAUAGAAAUAUACUAGAGAGAGAGAGAGAGCGCAAGGUUCUUAUUGUUAUUGUCUUAUUGGUUUAUUGCAUUGGGCACAAGGUGGAUAUGCAGCAAAAGAAGAAAAGGUGGAGGAAUUCUGUUCGAAAGGUGUUAAGUUGUGCCAUUGCUGUAAUAACUUUUGUGGCUCUGCUAUCAGUACAUGUUCAUGUCCCUUCCUUUGAUGUUACUAGGUUCCCUCACAACAAACUUCCUAUGCAGCAUGAGUUUUCAUACCAAAGAUUGAGUGGAGAGCGAAGCUGGAUUCAGGAAUUUGCUCCACCCCAUUUCUCAAAAGCUCCUGUUACUGCUAGCAAGUUGGAUGGUGCAAAUUGGAAUUGGACCUUGGAUAAGUUAUGGAGACCGCCUCCAAAUCGAGACUAUGUUCGUUGUGUUGCACCAACUUCAUUAUAUACGUCUCCUCCAGAGUCUCGAGGCUACCUGCUUGUUCAUACAAAUGGUGGACUCAAUCAGAUGAGGGCCGGGAUAUGUGACAUGGUUGCUGUUGCUCGUAUCAUAAAUGCUACUCUUGUAAUCCCGGAGCUCGAUAAGCGCUCACUUUGGAAGGACUCUAGCAAAUUCUCUGAUGUGUUUGAUGAAGACCAUUUCAUUAAUUCAUUGGCAAAUGAUGUACGGAUUGUCAAAAAGCUACCAAAGGAACUUGCAUCUGCAGCUAGAGCAGUUAAGCAUUUCAGAAGUUGGUCUGGUGUAGAUUACUAUGAGAAGGAGAUAGCUAGUAUGUGGGAUGAAUACCAGGUGAUUCGAGCAGCCAAGUCUGACUCAAGGCUGGCAAAUAAUAACCUGCCUCCUGACAUUCAGAAGUUGCGCUGCCGUGCUUGCUAUCAAGCCCUCCAAUUUUCUCCCCAAAUUGAAGCAAUGGGAAAGUUGUUGGUAGAUCGUAUGCGAACCUAUGGUCCAUACAUUGCUUUACAUUUGCGCUAUGAAAAAGACAUGCUUGCCUUUAGUGGAUGCACACAUGAUCUAUCCCCAGAAGAAGCUGAAGAACUAAGGGCAAUCAGGGAAAGCAUCCCAUGGUGGAAAGUGAAAGACAUUAACCCUGUAGAACAAAGAGGCAAAGGCUAUUGUCCAUUAACUCCUAGGGAGGUGGGGAUGUUCCUUUCUGCUCUUGGAUUCACAUCGAACACCCCGAUUUAUAUUGCUGCAGGAGAGAUAUAUGGGGGUGAUUCCCAUAUGUCUGAUCUACAGUCUCGCUAUCCCUUACUAAUGAACAAGGAAAAGUUGUCAUCUUAUGAGGAGCUUGAACCAUUCAGCAAGCAUGCAUCUCAAUUAGCUGCAAUUGAUUAUAUUGUGUCAGUUGAGAGUGACAUAUUCAUCCCUUCGUACUCGGGGAAUAUGGCAAGAGCAGUUGAGGGACAUCGUCGGUUUCUGGGGCACAGGAAAACAAUAUCUCCUGAUAGGAAAGCUCUCGUCCGGCUUGUCAACAAAGUUGACCAAGGUACAAUGAUAGAGGGGAAAAAACUUUCUGAUCGCAUUAUUGAAGUUCACAGAACAAGGCAAGGAUCGCCUAGGAAGAGAAAAGGACCUAUUUCAGGAACGAAGGGAAUGGAUAGGUUCCGUUCAGAGGAGGCAUUUUAUGUAAAUCCUUUACCAGAUUGCUUGUGUCAAAAGGAGUCAGCAUACACGAACAAUUCUAAUGCUAUCGUGUAGUUCAGUGAAGCGCAAACAUGAGAGAAUGGCCUGAACUUGUAUUGAAGCUCGACCAGGCAUCAGCAAUGCAGAUGAUUAGUGUGCAGGAUGUAUAUAUACACGACGAGAAUUAGAUUGUUUGUGGAGACUUGCAAGUAUAGAUGAUAAGAGUAUAGGAUUUAUGUUGAGAUGAGACUUUCCAUGCGGGGGAAGUUGAUCAAAUUAAAUGAAUUAUCAGUCAUAUUUUGUGUAGAGGGAGGGACUCAUUGAGGAGAAGCACAAGGGUGCACUUGUACAUUGAUUUUUAUAUUUUUUUUUGCCCCCAUUGUUGGACACUUAUUUAAUAAAAUCCAUUCUUGGA